AUGAGUUUUUCUAAUGAAGAUAAUGAUUUUCAAGAUAAUAAUAUCCAAAAAUUAAAAAAAGGUACUGAAAGUAUUUUUAAUUUAGAAACAAAGUGUUAUAAUUACUCUAGUAGUAGUAAUAAUAAUAAUAAUAAUAGUCAAAGUAGCAUUUUAAAUGAAAAAAAUGGAAUAAAUGAUAUGAACAUAUGUAUAAAAAAGGAAAAUAUUUUUUCAAAUAAUUCAGAGUAUUUUAAUUAUAGAAAUUUUAAUGAAGAUUUUAAAAAUUUUAAAAAUACAUACUUUGGUGAUCCUUAUUCCGAAUUAAAUGAAACUAUAAAAGAUAUGUAUUAUUCCCAUGAUAAUAUUCAACAUAAUGAAUCAUGUAUUACAAAAAACUUAAAAGAAAAAUGUAUUAAUAAUAAUAAUAAUAGUGAUAUAAAUUACAAAAACAUUGAAAAAGAAAUAAACAACAAAAAUAAUGAUUAUAACCUAAAUGAUAAAAAUGUAUCUGCAUAUUAUAAAAAAAAUAUAAAUAAGGUGAAUAUGAAUUUAAAGGAAGAAAAUAAUAUGAUUAAGAUAAAUAGCGAAAAAUAUUAUGAAAAUAAAUUACAAAAUUUACCUACUGAUUUAAGUAAUCAGGAUGUUUAUAUAUCUUAUAUUAUAAGUAAUAAAAAUCCGUGCCAAAAAAUAAAUAAUGCUAUCAGUUCAAAUGGAUUAAAUAAUAAUAGUAAUUAUAAAGACUCAUCUUAUUAUAUAAUAGAAAAGAAAAAUAAUUCUCAUGACUUAGAAUUAAUUAAUAACAAUAAUGAUAAUCGUCAUUCAGAAAUGAAAAGUAAAAAAAAUGAGGACUUUUGCAAAGAAAUUUCAAAAGUAUAUAAUUGUAAUAUGAUAAAUAAUAUAGAAAAAGUAGAUAAUACUGAAGAAACAAAUGGUACAGAACAUAUAAUUAAUAAUACAAUAGAAGUAAAAAAUCCAGAUGAUGUAAAAAAAAAAGAAAAAAAAAAGAAUUAUAAAAAUUUAAAUGAAAAUAUAACUCAGUAUAAUACCCUUAUCGACCCAAAUAUAGAAAAAUCGCAAAAAAAAAGUCCUAAUUUAAGUAAUUAUGAAGAAGAAAAUGAAAUGUAUUACAAAAAAAAUAAUUUCUAUCAUUUAAAAAAAAAAUUUGAUAUUGUGAAUAAUAUGAAACAUAAAGAAAUUAUUGCAAGUGAAAUUAGUAACAUAGAAAUAUCAAAAAAAAAAGAUAAUUCAUUUGCAUCAUCUAACAGUGAAAAUAAUAAUAAUAAUAUAAAUGAUAGUAAUGCUAUAAAUAAUUACGAUAAUAACAUUAAUAAUAAUGGAAAUAGUGAUCAUAAUAUUAAUUCCCAUAACAUAAAUAAAAAUAUUAAUGAGGUAGCAUAUGAUAAGUAUUAUGAUAAUAAAAAUAAUAAUGAUAAAAAUAGUAGUUAUAAAAGUAAGAAAAAUUCAGAUUUAUCAGACGAUUUAAAACAUUUUAUAAGAAAAAAUAAUAUUAAUUCAUCAAAUAGUAAUAUUGUUAAAGAAAAAGAUCAAGAUGAAAAAGUAAAAAUUGAAAAGAAAAAAAACAACAGUGAAAAAAAUGAAUAUAAUACAUAUUUAAAGAGCUUUUUUAAUGAUGCUAAUCAACUAAAUCAUAAAGAGAUUUUCAUAAAUAAGAAUAUAAUAAAUGUAAGUACUAAAAAAAUUAUGGAAAAUGAAAAUGAUGUAUCAGUAAAAAAUAAUAUAUAUUUGAACAAAAAUGUUGAUAAUGUUUUCAAUGUUAAAAAAAAAAUAGAACUUAAUUUUUUUGGGAAAAAAAAUACAGGUAAUUUUUUAAAAUUGAAAAAUAUAGAAAUUGGAACUAAUUAUAAAAAUUAUGAUAAAACAACAAAAAUUUCAAAGGAAAGAAUUAAUGAAAAUAAGUUAGCAAAUUUUAAUGAAAAAAAUGACAUAUCAUUAGAAAAUUCAAAUAUUAUUAUUCCUACUACUAAUUGUGAAAGUCAUUUAAACGAAAAUUUUCAUUCAAAUGACUUCCGUAGUAAGAAUUUCAUUUCAUCUUUAAAAUUUUCGGAAAUAAAAAAUGUUAUUAAAAAUAAAAGACAAAAAAAAUUACCACAAUAUUCUAAAUUAAAAAAUUUAGAAAAUAAUAAUAUUUCUCCUAAAAAUAAGAAUAUAUAUAAAUUAAAUGAAAAAAAAUCCUCAGAAGAAAUAAAAAAUGUUGAUAUAAAUAAAUUAUCUGACAAAGCAAAAUUCACACCAAAAGAAACUAAUAUUCUAAAUAAUGAAAUAAAAAAAUUAAGCCGUAAUAACAUUGGUAAAAGUUCUUUAUCGAUAAAAGACAAAAUAAAAUCAAGUGAAAGAAUUUUUACAAACAAAAAAAAAAGAAUAGAUGAUUUAGAGAAGAAAAUUUCAAAUAAUGAUAUAAUAGGAAUGAAUAGAGAAGUUACAAGAAGUAAAUUAUCAAAUAAAAAAAAUAGCAAUAAUAUAGAAGGAAGAAUUGAAAAAAUUGUAAAAAAUAAAUGCGAAUAUCAGGAAGAAAGAAAAAUGAAUAAAAAAGAACAUGCUGAUUAUAAUGAAAAAAAAGAAGAGAUGGAUAAAGUAGAAACAGCGGAAGAAGAAAGAAAUGAUAUAAAAAAAUUGAAUACUAGUAUGGUAAAGUUUUCUAAUUUAACAUAUUUAAAAAAAAAAAAAGAUGAAAAAUGUUUAAUUGAAAAUUCAAAAGAAAAAACGAAAAAAAAAAGGAAAUCUAAUAAUGAAAAUGUGAUUUCAAGCAUAGAAUUUUUAAAAGAAAAUAAUGGGGGAUAUAUAUAUAAUAAAAAAAAAUUAAAAGAAAACAUGCUUGAAAAUUACAUUAUUAAGAAGAGCAGUCAGCAUGAUACUAACUUGAAUAUUAAAAUUAAUGAUAUACAUAAAGAAAAUCAAAGUGAUUAUUUUUUAAAAGAGGAAUUUAAUAAAAAUAUACUUAAUUCUCACAUUUUAGGUGAAGGCAUCCAGAAUGUUUACAUAGGUGAAAAUAAUGUAAUUGAACAUAAUGAUUUAUUUAUGAAUAAAAAUAGAAUGAAUUUAAAUGAAUGUAAAGAAAAUUACUUAAGAGUAAAUAUAUCAAACGAUAAAAAUAGUAUACCAGCUUCUUGUGAAUUAAACAAUAAUUUUUUAAAGAGUGCUAAUGAAAAUAAUGAUGGAAAUAUAUAUUUAAAUGAAAGAAAUAUACACGCAUGUGAAAUAGAUAAUAAAUUUUUAGAGUUUAACAAGGAAAUUAUAAAUUUAAAUUACAUGAAUUUGAACAACUCGAAUGAAGAAUUAUAUUCUGUUAACUAUAGUAAAAAUAAAAAGAGAAGUGGAAUACCUUUAAAUGAAAGAAAAUAUUAUAGAAUAUUAGCAAAACAAAUGGAAAAAAUACAAGGUCUUACAUUUGAUCAUAAUCAAAUCAGAUGGAUUGCUUAUUGGAAGAAUGAAAAUAAUAAACAAAUUCAAAAACAUUUCCCUGUAUGUAAAUAUGGCUUUUAUAAGGCUAGACAAUUAGCUUUAGAAUUUCGAAAUUCAAAAGUAAAUAAUAAAGAAUAUAAUAUUAACAAAAAGCAUAAAGAAUUUUCUAAUAAUUUAAUUAAUAGUAACAAUGAAACAAAGGGAAAAAAACGUAACAAUUCCAAUAAAAAUUCAAUGAUAUAUUGCUCAAAUGAAAAUAUUAGUAAUAAGAAUAAAAAUAAUGCUUGUAUAAAAGAAAAUUACGGACAUAGUAAAAAUAGAAAUAAUAUUAAAGGUAAUAUGAAAGAACAAAAUAUAAACUAUUGUAUCAGUAAAAAUAAUCUGAAAAUAAACAACUAUGAAAUGACAUUUGAUACAAAUAAUAAUAAUAAUAAGGAAAAUUACAAAGAUAGAAAUAUGGAAUUUAAAAAAACAGAUAUAAAGGUAAACGUAAAUUUAGAUUUAUUAAACGAUUCAAAUUAUAGAGAAAAAUUGAAUAAUAAUUUUUAUGAUUAUAAAAAUGUUCUAGAAAACUCAUUAAAAAAUGAAAAAAUACUUGAUUUAAAAUACGUAGAUAAUUUAAAAUGUGAAAAAAAAAUAUUUAAUAAUAUGGAAUUUUCUAAGAACCAGGAUAACCUCUCUUAUUUUAAGAAUGAAUGUAACUCAAGUAGUAAAAAAUCUCUUGGUUUUAUUAAUAAUCAAAUGAAUAACUUUUAUGAGGUAUAUGAUACAAAUAACAUUUAUAAUGAUGAUAAUUAUAACAGUUACAUAGAAUAUAAUGAUGAAAAUCAAUUUACUUAUUUAAAUAGCUAUAAUAUUAGAAAAAUGAAUUUUAAUACUAUUAUUAAUAAUAUAAAUAAUAUAUAUGAAAACAGAGUAGAUAAUCCUAUAGCUCUUUAUAAUGAUAGCAAUAAAUCAAAUUUAAAUGAACUCAAUAAAAUAAUGAUAAGCAAAAAUUCAUCUAAUAUUAAUUCUAUGUAUGACUUGAAUAGCUUUAAAAAUAAAGAAUAUGAUAUAAAUAUUCUAAUUAAAAUGGAAAAUAAUACAAAUAACUUGAAAUAUAAAAAUCAUUUAAAUAAUAUUAAUAAAUUUCACGAAAUAAACAUUUCAAGUAAUACAAAUGCUUCUACACAAUUAGAUAUGAUUAAUAAUGUUAAUAUACCAAAUGAAUAUAACUCAAUGAAUAGUUACGAUUUGAAUUACUUAAACUAUUUAAAUAAUAUUAAUACAAAAAAUCAUUCUAAUCAAAUAAAUAUUAUGAAAGAUAAUAAUAAUAAUAAUGAGUUUCAUAAUAUAACAAAGUUGCAUCAAGAUAAUUUAACAAAUAAUUUAAACAAAGAUUGCUAUAUAAAAAAUGAAGCUUGUCAUUAUUAUAUACAAGAAAAAAAAAAAAAUUACUUAAAAAAUGGAAAAGAAGAAAUAAUAAUUAAAGGUAAUGAAGAAAAUACAGUAAAUAGCUCAUUAAAAAAUAUAUAUGAAAAUAAUUUUUUUUUGAAUAAAAAAAAUAUAGAUAAUAUUCUAUUAAAGAAUAUUAAUUUGGUAAAUAAAAAAGUAAACAAUAACACUAUACUUAAUAUAGAUAAUGUUAAUAACAUUUUUAUGAUAUCAAACAAUGACCAUAUAUUGUAUAAUAAUGAAAAUAUAAAAUUAAAUUUAUAUAAAAAUAAAAAAGGAGAAAAAGAUAUAUAUGCUUUAACUAGAGCUUCUACAGCUUCUCAUUUUUCUGAGCAUUUUAAUAGUAUAGUAAAAGUAAAGAAAAAUGUUCAUUUUGAAAAUAACAAAAUAUAUAAUAAUUUAAAUAAUGAAGAAUUUUCAACAAAAGAAAAAGCUAUCUUAGAAGAAUUUUAUGAAAAGGAAAACACGAAUAAUAAAAAUAUCAAAAAUCAAAAAACAAGAAAACGAAAAACAAUAAGUAAAAAAAAAAUUAAUACAAGUGAAAAAUACAAAAAUAUAUCAACUUAUGAAAAAGAAAAAAAAGAAGGAAAAGGUGAAAAAUUAAAAAUAAAGCAUUCAAGUAACAAAAAUAAUGUAGAUGCUUUUGUUACUCUUAAGAAUAAGGAAGACAAAGCUACUAAAAGUUUUGGUAAUAUUAUUUCAAAGAAUAAUAGGAAUAUUAUAACCAAAAAUGAUGAUAGUGUGGUGAGUAAUAAUCUUAAUAAUGAUAAUAAUCAUUAUCACUGGAAUAAUAUAUAUAACUCAAUCAAUAAUAACAACAUUGAUUACAAUUAUAAUAAUAGUAUUAAUAAAAAUAGCAAUAAAGAAGUAUCUAGUAAAAAAAAAUCAAAUAUAACAGAUACAAUACAUAAUGUGAAUAAAAGAGAUGAAAAUAAGAAAACAAAUGAAAAAUAUGAAUUAUGCAAUUCUUUUAAUGCAAACAUUUUAAAGAAUGCCAAUGACGCUGAUGAGCGAAAUUGUAGCUCAGAUAAAAUGGAAAGUAAUGAUAUAUAUUAUUUAAAAAAAAAAAAAAAUGGAAAAAGAAAUAAAAGAAAAUAUAUAAUAAAUAUUUUUGCAAAUGAAAAUAAAGAUACAAAUCUAAAAAAUGUGGUAGAAAAAAAAAUAAAAAAAGAUAAUAAUGUUUGCAAUAACGUUGAGUGCAAUUUCUCUAGUUCAUUAAAUAAUAAAAAUAAUGAUUUAAUAUUAUUAAAUAAAGAGAAUACUAAUAAUAGUGAUAUAAGUAAAAAUCACAAGAAUGAUAAAAAAUUAAAGAAAUUUAUUAACAAACAAACAAAAUUCGAGAAAUAUUCUAAAAAAUCAAAUCAUUUUAAAAAAAGUUCUAAUGAAGAGAAUAAUAUAAAUUAUUACAAUGAAAUAAUGAAAAUGCCUAAAAUGAAAGGUGUUCAUUUUGAUAUUAGGCAAAAAAGAUGGUGUGCAUAUGGAUAUAAAAAAAAAGAGUGCUUUUCUGUAUAUAGAUAUGGUUUUUUAAUAGCUAGAGAAUUAGCAGUUAAAAGUAGACUAAAAGUACAAAAAAGAAAAAAUAAUUUAAAAUUAAAAAAAAUUAAAAAUGAGAUAAACAUAGAAAAUAAAAAAAAAAAUAUAUUAAAAAAAAAAUACACGAAAAAAAUAAGUAAUAAAUGGAAGAAUUACAGUGAUGAUAAAUGUAAUAAUAAAAAUGAUAAUAAUAAUAAUAAUGCAAAUACUGAAAAAAAUUUUGCAUUUAAAGUUUUUAAAAAUGGAAACAAUACAAAUAAUAACAUAAUUGUAAAAAAUGAAAAUUAUAAAGACGCUGGAAUUGAUAUGAAUAUUUGUGAGAAUCAUGUAAAUAAUGUAAAUGAUAAUAUAAUAUUAGCAACUUAUAAUUUUAAUGAAAAAAUAAAUAAUAUAUAUAAUUUAAAUAAUUAUGAUGAUGCUAAUAAUUUAAGUGAAGAAAGUCGUUUUAAUUUUAUGAAUGAACCAAUUAAUGUAAAUUCUUCUAUAGAUACAGAUAAUUUUAUUGAUAGAAAUAGCAUUAAUAAUAUAAAUAAUCACAAUAAUAUAAAUAAUUUUACUAGCAUAAAUGAUUUUAAUGACACAAAUAAUUUUAAUAAUGUAAAUUACUUUAGAAACUUAAAUAACUUUAAUAAUGCACAUAAUUUAAGUCAAGUUAAUAAUUUUAAUAAUAUGAAUAAUUUUAAUGAAAUAAACUGCUUAAAUGAACUUAAUGAUUUUCAUAAUUCGAGUAAUAUUAAUAUGGCAAAUAUCCCUAUUAGUACAAAUAAUUUGAAUGAUGCAUAUAAUAUUGUAAAUAAUAAUUUAAUUGAUAAAAAUAAAUCAAUUAACACAAAUACUUUUGUCAAUUUAAGUAGUUUUGAUGAUAAUAUUGCAAAAAAGGAUUAUGAAAAACAUAACUUGUCCAUUCAAAAAGCAAAUUUCAUUGAUUCGUUAACGUUAAAUAAAUUUUCUAAAGAGAAUAACACAUUAUAUUUAAGAAAGAAAUGCAUAAUUGAUAAUGUAAAUAAUGAUAAAUUAGAUAGCUUCAAAAACGAAGUAGUUAAUAUGGAAAGUUAUUAUAAUGUUGAUGAUUUAGAACAAAAAAAAAGGAAUUCAAAAAAUUCUAUUAUUGAAUGUAAUUUUUUCUCUAAUGAUAAUAAUAUAACAAAAUUUUCAAAAAUUAAUAAAAGGAAUUUGAAAAAAAAUAUAUAUGCAAAUAAUGUUAUAAAUAUUCAUAGCAAAUUAGUGUAUAACGAAAAUGAGGAAAAUUAUUCUUUAAACAAAAAUAUAAUGACUGAUCAACAUAUUAAAAAAAAUAAUAUGCUAAGUAAUAUAAAAGAUGAUAGUAUGAUUUCAAAUUAUAACUUGAAUUUGUCUCUUAAUUUUAAAGAAAAAAUUAAAAGUGUACAUGAUAGCAAUAAUAAUAUUAACGAUAAUAAUAGUAUAUAUAUUGAUAACUAUAGAGAUAAUAGUAAUAAUAAUAAAGAUAAUAAUAAUAAUAAUAAUAAAGAUAAUAAUAAUAUUAAUAGAGAUAAUAAUAAUAAUAAUAGAGAUAAUAAUAAUAAUAAAGAUAAUAAUCAUAAUAAUAAUAAUAAUAAUAAUAACAAUAGUGAUAAUAAUAAUAAUGGUAAUAAUAAUGAUAAUAAUAAUAAUAAUGAUAAUAAUAAUAAUGAUAAUAAUAAUACUAAUAAUACUAAUAAUAAAGAUAAUAAUAAUAAUAAUAAUAAUAAUAAUAAUAAUGAUAAUAAUAAUAAUACUAAUAAUACUAAUAAUACUAAUAAUAAUGAUAAUAAUAAUAAUAAUAAUAAUAAUUAUAAUAAUAAUGAUAAUGAUAAUAAUACUUUUUUUUCUAAGUAUUGCGAUUUUCCAGAUUAUAAAAAUAAUGAAAAUGCUAAUGGAUUAUAUGAAAAAUACUUUUGUAGGCUAGAAAACGAGGAGAUAAAUAUGAAUAAUAAUUCAAAUAUAAAUGAUGUAUCAUAUAAAAGCAAUACUCAUAACACAAAUAUGUUAAGCAUAAGUAAAAUAUCUGAUAUAAAUAAUACGUCUCAUUUAAAUAAUGAAUAUAUAUUUAAGGAUUUUAAUGAAAAUAUAAUUAUACAAAAUGAAAUAAAUGAAAAAGAAUUAGAAGAUAAAUAUCUACAAAAAAGAGAGAACAAUUUUAUGAAUAAUAGUAGAUAUAACAAUAAUAUUAAUAGUAAAAUGGAGGAUAAAAAAAUUAUCUAUACAAAAGAUACAUACUAUUCUUAUAUUAAUGAGAAAGAAAAUAAAAACUUGUACAAUUCUGUGAAAAUAAAGGAAGAACCAGAGAUAAUAGAACAAGAACAUAAAAGUUUAAAAAAUCAAGGCAAUUAUCCUCAUAUACAAAAGCUCUAUUUUUAUCCUAAUAAUUUUUUUUUUGAAGUAGAAACAUAUGAUAAAAAUAAUUAUAAUAAUUUGAUUAAUUCUUCUUUAAAUAAUGAUUGCUGUUAUGUAAAUUCAUUUGAAUAUGAUAAAAAAAUUAAGAUAGGAAAUUUUAAUAAUUGUGAAAAAAAAAUUUCUUAUAGUACUUAUAAUAAUUAUAAUGAUUACGAAACAAAUUUAACUGAAGAAAAUGCGAAUAGUAACAAUUUUUUAAAAAAUAAAGAUAGUGAAAGUUUAUUAAAAAGUACACAGGAUAAUCUCAAAGAAAUCACUAACUUUCCCAAAAAUAUGAUAAACAAUGUUGAAGAACAUUUUCUAAAUGAAUGCUUAUCUGAUAAUGAAUCUAUAUUAAUACAUGAUAAUGAAAAUAAAGUUAGCAGUAGAAGAAAUAAUUCCUUAGAUAACAUAAAAAUAAAUAGCAAUGAUUAUUUUCCAAGUUAUAAUAAAAAAAUUAUCAGUAAUUUCUCUUUUGAAAAUUUUGAAGAAAUAAAUAAAAAUAAUAAUUACAUAAUUAACUCUAACUUUCAUUUAUUAAAUAUAGAAUAUAAAAAUGAUGACAAGAAAAAUGGAAUAUCUAAUAAAAAUCAAUUAUAUGAAAAAAAUGAUAAUGAUUUUAAAAGCUAUAAUAGAAAUAAUGAAAAAAAAGAUGAUAUAGAAGAAAAUGAAAAUUUAUGCAAUCAUAAUAUGAAUGAAUAUAGAAUGAACGAAAUGAGUAAUACUUAUAAUAAAAAUACUGGUACGUUUAUAAUUAAUAAUGAUUUAAGUAAAUCUUAUAUUGAUCUUAAUGAAAAUGGAAAAAUAAUAAAUCAUAAUGAAAAAGAAAAUGUAAAAUUAAAUUGUUACAGUUAUAAACAAAUAAAAUAUGGUAUAAAUUAUACAAAUAAUUGCGAAAAAUUAAAAAUAAACUCUCAAAAUAAAAAUAACAUGAAUGAUAAAGAUAAAUUUGAUAAUAUUUUUAAGGGAAAAUAUGUUGAUUCCAUUUACAGUGAUUUAAUUGACAAUAAAGAAAAUAUUUUGAAAUAUAAUAAUCUUAACAUAAAUAAUUGUGAAUAUUUAAAACGCAAUAAGAAUAAUUUAAGUUAUAAAGAGGGUUAUAUAUACAAAAAUGAGAACUAUGGAAAUGAGAACUUUGUGAAUGAUAUGAAAUUUUUAAAUAAUUUAAAUGAUAAUCAUAUCAAUGACUAUGAACCAGUAAAUUUAGAAAAUGGUUAUUAUGAUUAUAAAAAUGAAUAUAACAACGAAGAAUAUUUUUCAUCCUUAUACUUAAAUAAUUAUUAUAAUAAUAAUUAUGAAAAAAAUAACAAUUUAGUAGAUAAUACUCACUUUUCUUUUUUAGGAUAUAAAAUAUAUAACCCAAGUGAAAAUGGCAUAAUUAAUUAUGAUUUAAACGAAAAUAAUAUAAUAAAUAAUGAUAUAAGUGAAAAUAAUAUAAUGGAAAAUGAUACAAAAGAAAAUAAUAUAAUGGAAAAUGAUACAAAAGAAAAUAAUAUAAUGAAAAAUGAUAUAAAAGAAAAUAAUAUAAUGAAAAAUGAUACAAAUGAAAAUAAUAUAAUGAAAAAUGAUACAAAUGAAAAUAAUAUAAUAAAAAAUGAUACAAAAGAAAAUAAUAUAAUGAAAAAUGAAAUAAAUGAUAAAAAUAUGAAUCUAAAUAAUUAUAAUAAAUUAAUAGAUGAAAAAAAAUUUAGUUACUAUAACUAUCAGAAAGAUGAUAAAAAUAAUGAGAAAUACACAAACAUAAGAGAUAUAGAUUUAAAUACAGAAAAUUUAAAUAUAAAUUCAAAUAUUAUUAGUAAAAAAGAAUUAAAUUAUUUAACAAAAAAAAGAGUUAAUUUUAAUAGAAAUAAUAAAAAUGACAUAGAUAAUAUAAUAAAUAGUGCAUAUACUGAUUGUUUUAAUAUUAUAAUAAAUUCUGAUUUAUCCAACAAAAAUGAUUUAAUUAAUUGCAUAUCUAGUAAAUAUGAACUGGAGAAUUGCAUAAAUGAUAAAAAGGUUGACAACAAAGAUUUUCAAAUAAUUCAUUAUAAUGAAAAAAAAAAAAAAGAAAAUGAAAAGACAUUUCCAGAUGAUGUAUUAUGUCAUGAGAACAUUAAUAAGUUUAUAAAAAAUUCAGAUAUAAAAAAAUAUGAUAAAUCUUUAUAUGAAAAUAAAAAUAUAAAAAGAAAAGAAGAAAAGAAAAAAUUUCAUAUUUAUAAUAAUCAUAAAAACAAAAAAAUACUAAAUAAUGUAAAUUUAUUGAAAAAAUUUAGUGAUAACUUUCCUUGUAAAUUUAUAGAAGUAGGAGUAUAUUGUAAAUCAAUUAAUAGCUUUUACAAUAGUGAUGAAAUAAUGAAUCGUUAUUAUUUAAAUAUUUUUAAAAUUAUUCAAAGUAUUAAUAUUAAUGCUCUUUUCAGUUUUAAUUAUAGUGAUAAUGGGAAAAAUAUUCCAAUGAAAUCAUAUUAUGAAUAUAUUUGCUUAACAUUACAAGAUUGGAAUGUAAACAACAUAAAUAAUGUAACUAAAAGCGUAAAUUUUAGAAGAUUGAUUUAUAAAUAUCUAGUUUUAGAUUUAUUAAAAAAUAUAAAUAAUAUUGAUUUGUCUGAUUUAUCAACAACUAAUGAGAAUAAAAAUAAAAAUUUUAUAUCAAAUACAAAUGACGAUUUAAGAACUAUCUUUAGGCAAGGUAAAUUAGGCAAAAAUUAUGAUUUAUUAAAGAAAGUAGAAAAGUAUCAUUUAGAUGCAAUAAACAAUAUCUAUAAGUUAGAAUCCAUUCAAUUAUAUAUAGAUAUUUUUGUAAUAUGUAUAAUUAAAAAUACUACUUCAAGUAAGUUAUCAUUUAAUGAACGAGUUAUGCUAAUAGGAUCACUUUUAUUAUUUUAUUUUAAAAAUAAUUAA